GGACUUCUGAUCUUGAAUACUGUUCGUUAUCUCCAUAUGUGUCUUGGAAUUAAUAUAUUACAACGGGCAUUGUCAAUUAUGAUUCCCUGCCUUCUCUUACAUGUUUCAUGACUUCAAGAACUUUUAUUUCUCCCUAUAACCUUAUAGAUGUCCUUUACUCCUUCAUAAACAUCAAUUUAUCACCUUCUUAUCCAUCACAACCAAAAUCAUUUAUUAGUUUGUGGAACGUGGCUUAGGAGAUUUGUUCGUGCAAAAGGAUAACUUUUUGGAAACAGAUGGUAUAGUCCCCGUAGGGAAUAUUGUUUGCUUUUUCUUUAAAUAUUGCUCAUAUUCUCUCUUUUUUCUCUUUCACCGAUUACUUUGACAUAACAACGUUAUAUUCUUCUGACUCUUUGAUUAUCAUGGAUAUUUAUAGAAAUUUCAAAGCUUUAACAGUUGUCCUGUUUAUACAGUUCGCCAGAAUAUUUGGAAAAGAAACCGCUUUCGAUCUAUACGUCCAGAAGUUAUGUCAGCAGAAUUCCUCCCUCGUGCUUCCCCAUCCCAGGGAAUGUCAGCUAUAUUACGACUGUUCCACCAAAUACAACACCCUCCCUCCUAAUUUUGUGCAGCACAUGAGAGAGUGUCCCUUUCCGGAUCUUUUUUCAUUACAGACUUUGAGGUGUGAGGACUACAGACAUGUGACAUGUGCAGAGAGAACGGAAUAUAAAACUGCAUGUAAAUAUCGUGCAAAUCAACUCAACGUCUAUCACGUGAUGUGUGUAGUACAGGAUGUUGAAGCACAGGAAACAAUUUCUCCAGGAAUUCUGGGAAAAUCUCUGGACUCCCCACAGGGGAACAAGGAUAUGAAGGACAACGCGUUUAUAAAUCCUAACUCGCUAGUUAACUCUCGGCUAUCAUUAGAUGCACUUAAGAAAGAUUUAUGCAGCAAUUGAGUGUCUUGAUUUUAUUAUGAUUUUUAAAUCGAUUUUAUUUCAUGUACGUCAUGAUAAAUCACGCAUCCUUAAAUCGAUGACUUGAAUGAAACCAGGGCUUAAUUAUAGCUUUUUGAAGUAGAGAUUUUUAGGUACUUUUAUGUUUGAUCAUUUAAAUCCCACUUAAAGAUGUAUGUAUG